AUGAGCAAGAGUGGAUCAGCUCCACCUACUGUGGAAGGAUCUUUGAGUGCAGUUGGAGGAUUGUUUGGCGGGGGUGUUGGUGGUGGUGGAAGUGGUGCAGCUGGUUUUUCGGAUUUUGCUGGGAGUAAGGAUGUCAAUGGAGUUGUUUCGGAGGAAGAGCUUAGGUCGGAUCCAGCUUAUCUUUCGUAUUAUUAUUCGAAUGUGAAUUUGAAUCCUAGGCUUCCACCUCCGUUGUUGUCGAAAGAGGAUUGGAGGUUUCAGCAAAGACUAAAAGGUGGAAGCUCGGGUGUAGGUGGAAUUGGAGAUAGGAGGAAAGGUAAUAUGAGUGAUGAUAAUGGUGGUAGGGCAAUGUUUUCGACGCCGCCGGGUUUUAACUUUAGGAAGCAAGAAAGGAGUGAGGUGGAUGCUGAAAAACCAAGAGGCUCGGCUGAAUGGGGUGGCGAUGGUCUUAUUGGUUUACCUGGCUUAGGGCUUAGGAACAAGCAAAAGAGCCUUGCAGAGAUUUUUCAGGAUGAUAUGGAGCAGAGGCCUUCCUUCUCGUCCACAGGCCUUCCUUCUCGUCCAGCAAGUCGUAAUGCAUUUGAUGAAAAUGUUGAUGUCUUAAAUACUUCUGAAGCAGAGUUGACUCACGUUCAAGGAUCAUCUGCAACACAAAAUAUUGGUCUACCAACUUCAUAUUCUUAUGCUGCUGCUCUAGGAGGGUCUUCACUGUCAAGAAGCACUACUCCUGAUCCACAACAUGUUGCAAGGGCUCCUAGUCCAUGCCUCACACCUAUUGGUGGAGGGAGAAGUGGUGCUUCGGACAAGAGAGGUAUUAUUAGUUCAGAUGCGUUUAACGGUGUUUCAUCCGACAAGAAUGAGUCAACAGAUCUUGUGGCUGCAUUGUCAGGGAUGAACUUGUCAGCAGGUGAUGAAAACCAUCUGCCAUCACAAGUUGAAUCAGACGUUGAUAAUCAUCAGAGAUACCUUUUUGGCGGUAUGCAGGGUGGUCAAGAAUAUGCAAAGCAACAUGCAUAUCUAAAAAAAUUUGAAUCAGGGCAUUUGCAGAAUUCAGUUAAGAGCAGGAGUGGAUCGGAUCUCACUAAUCUAUCUCUGCAUCGGCAGGUUGAUCUGCAAAACUCAUCUGCUCCUUCAAAUAACUCGUAUUUCAAAGGAUCGCCUACCUCCCAUUUUAGCGUAGGAGGUAAUUUGCCUGCUCAGUACCAGGGUAUUGAUGGUAUGAAUUUGUCAUUUACUAACUAUGGCGUAAGUGGUUAUGCCGGAAAUCCCGCUUUGACAUCCUUGAUGACUAACCAAUAUGGCACCAGUAAUUUGCCACCCUUGUUUGAAAAUGUUGUUGCAGCAUCAGCAAUGGCAUCCCCAGGAAUGGACUCGAGAUUUCUUGGAGUUGGUUUGGCUUCUGGAGCUGGUUCUCCUUCUGAUGUGCAUAGCCUUGGUCGGAUGGGAAACCAAAUUGCAGGGGGCGGUCUUCAGGCUCCGUAUGUUGAUCCGAUGUAUCUUCAGUACAUGAGGACAUCUGAAUAUGCUGCAGCACAACUUGCUGCUCUUAAUGACCCCUCUGUGGACAGGAACUACUUGGGCAAUUCAUACAUGAAUUUACUCGAGCUUCAGAAAGCUUACCUUGGGUCUGUCCUCUCGCCUCAGAAGUCACAAUACAAUGUACCACUGGGUGGUAAAUCAGCAAAAUCCAAUCACCAUGGUUAUUAUGGAAAUCCAGCAUAUGGGGUUGGAUUGUCUUAUCCAGGAAAUCCGAUGGCAAACUCUGCUUCUCCAGUUGCGUCUGGAAGUCCCAUCAGACACAUUGUUGUGUGA